AUGGGGGACUUGUGUGGACUGCUGGGACUUGGGGGCUGCCUGGGAUUUGGGUACCAGUGGGGACUAAGGGAACAGUGGGGACUUGGGGACACCUUGGGACUUAAGGGGUCCCAAAACUUAAGACUUGGGGACUGCUGGGGUCUUGAGGACANAAAUAACAGCGAUGUCUUUGUGAGUGAAAAUAACGGCGAUGUCUUUGUGAGUGAAAAUAACGGCGAUGUUUUUGUGAGUGAAAAUGACAGCGAUGUCUUUGGGAGUGAAAAUAACGGCGAUGUUUUUGUGAGUGAAAAUAACAGCGAUGUCUUUGGCAGCGAAAAUAACGGCGAUGUCUUUGGGAGUGAAAAUAACAGCGAUGUCUUUGUGAGUGAAAAUAACGGCGAUGUCUUUGUGAGUGAAAAUAACAGCGAUGUCUUUGUGAGUGAAAAUAACGGCGAUGUCUUUAGGAGUGAAAAUAACAGCGAUGUCUUUGGGAGUGAAAAUAACGGCGAUGUCUUUGGGAGUGAAAAUAACGGCGAUGUCUUUAGGAGUGAAAAUAACGGCGAUGUCUUUGUGAGUGAAAAUAACGUCGAUGUCUUUGGGAGUGAAAAUAACGGCGAUGUCUUUGGGAGCGAAAAUAACGGCGAUGUCUUUGGGAGCACAAAUAACGAAUAA